UUCACUUACACUGCCUCACUCCUUUCAGCGAAGUCACAAGUGGUGGCGGUAUCGCUCUGCUGGAUCAACGGAUUGGAAAGUAAGAGCAGAAGACCACGAAGAAGCGACCCGAAUCGACGCCCACUCCAUUCUUCCCCCUUCUCCCUCCCCUCGCAACCCUAAACCUGACCCUGGCGCUCUCGAUUCCGAUCCCGAUACCCCGACCAUAGACCGGAAUCCUUUUAAGAGCUUCAUCACCACCACCGGAUCUCCGAUCGGCGAUGGCGGCGGCCGCGGCGCGGGCCGAUGGCCAGGAGAAGGUGAUCGCUGCGGCGAAGCACAUCGUCAGCAGCCUCGCCACCUCGAAGAACGCUGCCGAGGACAUGAUCCGCAUCCUUUCCGGCUUCGACAACCGCCUCUCCACCAUCAAUGACCUAUUCGCCCCUUCUUCGGACCGCAGCGGCGGAGGCGCCGACGUUGAUGGCGAUGGCCGUGACCUCUCCGUGGCUGAGCUCCGCCUCGAGGCCGCCCAGAAGGUGGUUCUUCGCUGGGACGCCUCCGAUUCCCUCUUGUGGGAAUCCUGCCCUGAGGACGCUGAGGAGUACCUUGCCGCUGUCGAUUGUCUCAUUUCCCUAGCCGAACUAAGCACCUCCACCGGCGCCGGCGCCGGCGCUGCGGAAGACCUCGUCGGUCGUGCGGAGAUUGCACUUCAGAUGGCAAUGUCCCGCCUUGGGGAGGAGUUCCGCCACCUGAUGGUCCGCAACGCCGUCCCCCUUGACUCUAACGACCUCUGCUCCUCCAUUCGCCGCCUCUCCCUCUCCUUCGCCUCUGACAGCGGUGAUGCUAUAGAGGACUUUGAGAGCUCUGUUGACGAUGAACAUCACCACCACCAGCCAACACCGCAGCAGGAGGAGGGCAGCCCUGAGGAUAGGUCUGGAAGCAGCCUGAUGGAUGAUCGGAACUUAGAUCUGAUCCAUCCUGAAGUUGUUGCCGAUCUGAAGGCGAUCGCAGACAGAAUGAUCGAGGCCAAGUAUGACAGAGAGCACCGUCAUGUUUACUGCACCGUCAGACGGGACAUUCUCGAUGAGCACCUCUCCAUUCUUGGUGUCGAUCGGAUUAGCAUUGAGGAGGUUCAGAGAAUCGAGUGGCGGAUGCUCGAUGACAAGAUGAAGAAGUGGAUUCAGGCUGUGAAGAUUGUCGUUCGUGUUUUGCUCUGGGGUGAGAGACGGCUCUGUGACCAAAUUCUUGCUGCCUCGGAGGAGCUCAGGGAAGAGUGCUUUGCAGAGACCACCAAGGGGUUUGUCAUGCAGCUACUAAAUUUUGGGGAUGCCAUUGUGAUAUGUCAGCGAUCAUCAGAGAAGCUCUUUCGUAUUCUCGAUAUGUAUGAGGCCCUCGCUGAUGUUUUGCCAGAUCUCCAUGCCCUAUUUGCCGCAGACCCAAAGGACCUCAUAUGUGAUGAGGCUGAUGGGAUUCUGAAGAGGUUGGGUGAUGCAGUAAAAGGGACUCUCAUGGAGUUUGGAAAUGCAAUUCAAAAGGAGCCAUCUCGGAAGCCAACACAGGGAGGUGAGAUCCAUCCCAUGACCCGUUAUGUGAUGAACUAUGUAAAAUUUCUGGUUGUUUACAUCAAUACGUUAAAUAUCCUUUUGGAUGAUGGUGGAGUGUGUGGCACUGACGAGGGUUGUUCUGAAGGUUGGGAGAACAAAAACACUGAUGGAGAGAAUUUUGAGAAUAUGACUCCAUUAGGUCGUCGCAUGCUUUUGAUAAUCUCAUAUUUAGAAUCUAAUCUGGAUGAAAAAUCUAAAGUUUAUGAAGAUGGAGCAAUGUGGUAUAUAUUUUUGAUGAACAAUAUACUCUAUAUAGUCAACAAAGUAAAGGAUUCAGAGCUUGGGAGGCUUUUGGGAGACCAUUGGAUAAGGAGGCAUCGCAGCCAAAUUCGGCAGUAUGCCACAAGCUACCUUAGGACUUCAUGGACAAAAGUGUUGUCUUGUUUGAAGGAUGAUGGAUAUGGAAGUGGGAGCUCGAGUAGCAUCUCAAAGGUUGCUCUCAAGGAGAAGUUCAAGAACUUUAACAUGGCAUUUGAAGAAAUAUACAGGGUUCAGACGACUUGGAAGGUUCCAGAUCCUCAGCUUCGAGAAGAAUUGAGGAUUUCUAUAUCAGAAAAGGUUAUCCCAGCUUAUCGCUCUUUUAUGGGAAGGUUUGGUGGUCAAUUAGAGGGCGGAAGGCAUGGAAAAUACAUAAAGUACACAUCAGAUGAUUUGGAGAGUCAUCUUUCAGAUUUAUUUGAAGGGUUGCCAGGACUCACUCCGAGAAAAAAAACUUAGUUCACAGAAGGUAGCAGGUAUGUUCUAAGUCUCAUCAGGGGUCUUUUUGUGCAGACUUCAGGUAUAUUGCUGAAUGUAAACUUGACAACGAUGGUUUGUAGUCCUUGUAUUGGUUAUGCAUAGUGAUGGUUACUAUAUAGUUGUCAUACUGACUUAAUGUGUUGUGAUAAAAAUGCAUAUUUAAGUAAGCUGUAAGUAUGAAAUUCUGGAAAUUUCUAAAGUUUAAAUAUAUUGUCAAACAAUCAAAUGUUGACUGGUUCUGUUUAAAUUAUUAUGGCUUGUUAAACUUUGCA